AUAACCAUCCAGUAUGAAAGAUUUCCAACUUUUUCACACAGAAUGAGAACUUGAAAAAAAAAAUUGAAAAAAGAUGGGUUUUUGAUGGGUUAAAUUAAUUUCAAAAAGAAUAAAAUACGAAAUAAAUAUAAGCCCAUUUAUUUUUUAAUGCCAAAAAUAAAAAACAGCUUGGCAUAAAUUUUAAUCGAAACAGAAAAGAAAAAAAAUUUACAACAACCUUUUCGAAAUAAUGGGCAAAUAAAAACACAAAAAAUUUUUCUUUUUUUUUUAACACACAAAGCGCGUCUAACUAAAAGUAGAGAGAUAAAAUCCAAUACAAAAAUUAUUAUUAUUAGUAGUUGAAUGAAUAUGAUAAUUUCAAGACUGUCAAGAAAAGUGCGUAGAAAAAGUUUCAAAUUUUUUGUGAAAAACAAAUAAAACUUCUUUGCUAAAUAAUAUCCAACAAACACACACCAACUAACCAAUCAAUUGGGCACGGGGGACACCUAUCUCGAAAGCGAUUAAAAAAGACAAUUUUUUUUUUAAAGAAUCUUGGUCUUCUUCAUCGUUGUCAUUGUCGUCGUCGUUGUUAAAGAAUUUAUAAAGAGACACGCGUUCCUUCUUUCUCGAUUACUUAUUUUUCUUUCUUUUUUGUUUGCCUGCAUUCUCUGCAAAUUAAUUCUAAAAAAGAUUAUGGAAACUGAAAAACUAUUUAAUGACUUGGAGUCGAAUCAGUCACACGAAUGCGAGGAAGCCAAAAAGAAAUUGGUUGAAUUGUUCAAUCAGACUAAAGAUAUAUGGCUAGUGCAUGGAAUGAUGGAUUACUUCUUCAAGACGGGUUCUUUGCGGAUAAUGGAGGUUUUGGUGAAGGCACAAUCACCGCACGACAUUUACAUAUUCGACAGGCUCUCCGAUUGGUUGAAGAGUUCAAGUCAUCGACUGCAGGCUUUGACAUUGUUUGGUUUUGUUGUUCGCAAACAUCCAACCUGGUUGUACAAAAUCGAGAAGCACAAGAUCAUUUGGGAUAUGUUGAAAUUGCUUAAGACUGAAAAGGAAAUAGUAUCGCUUAUGAGCGCACUUUUAUGUAUUGUCACUUUGCUGCCUAUCAUCCCAAUGAAUGUGUCGACUUUUUUAAAUGAUUUAUUUGAAGUAUUUGGUCAUUUAGCCUCGUGGAAUAGCCAGAAUCCGAAUAAGUUGAGCGAUGAUAAGUUGGUGCAUUUGCAAUUGGGUUUGCAAAUGUUAUUUCAUCGACUUUAUGGCAUGUAUCCAUGCAAUUUCUUGUCGUACCUGAGUGAAUUUACGAAAAAGGAAAAAGGUGCAAUUUUUCAGCAUACAAUUAAGCCGCUAUUGGAUACGGUUCGAGUUCAUCCAAUGUUAGUGACAGCAAGUCCGGAAAAAGAAAUGAAUGCUGCUCGAUGGAAGAAUAGAGAACCUCAUGAUGUUGUUCAGGAAUGUGCAAAGCUUUCGGUCGCUGAUCAGGAACUUCAUACCGAAUAUGUUCGGUCUCAUGAUACAUCAAUUUCCGUGAUAAAUCAACAACAACAACCACAUAAGCAAUCAAGUUGCCCCCCUCCUCGAAAAGCGAUAAAUUAUUCAGGCAUUGCUUCGCCUUUUCAGUCAUUAACCGAUCGCGAACAUCUAUCCGAGUUUAAAAAAGGCGACAUGCUCUGGAGUCCAUACACCGAAAUAAUAUCAUCGGCCAGUACUAUGCCCCACACUCCGACACCAAGUUAUGGCGUUCCAAUGAGUAGUGGGCCCACAACAGGCGCAAUCAUGGGCGUAACAGGGUCUUCACCACCCGAAGCAGCUGUCGAAGCAACACCCGAAACAACACCCAUGAAAGAACUAACCAUGAAACCAUCAGCCAAUCAACAUGCGGUUUGUGCUAUUUUUACAACAAGUCAACCAGCCUCUCCCAUGCGCAGGGAUCCCUGUACACAAUUUACAUUUCCCCCCGAAUCACCAGGAAGGAAUAAUUCCAAUCACCAUCAUACUAUCCAUGCCGAGCAAACAACAAUCAACAAAAUCACAACAAAGUUGUACGAUCAGAGGAUGCAGCAUAUUCUAAAUGAUCGCCUUAAUGCAGGCUUUCCUCCCAAUGCAACAACCUUAAGUCCGUUGAAUGUGUCAUCAUCAAACAAUGGCACACCUCAUUUUGAUUCUCAGGAAGACGAAGAAGUUCGCGACCUAACUAGUAACAGUAGUGUGGUGGCAUUACGGGUUGAAGCUGCAGCAGCUGUCGCAGAAGACAUCGCCAAGCGAUGUCUCGACUGCGAUGAAACCGAACAGUCACCAUGCUCUGAAGGCGGUGUUCAAGUGGCCUCUAAUCGCUCAAUGCAAAUACUAAUUCGAAGAAACCGUUUGACUAGCUACUGUCACAACGAAUCCAGUUGGAAUAAAGUCACUUCAAGUGACGAAAUGAAUGGCUUUGCAGCCGAAAGAGCAAAAGUCCGUCGGGCUAAAUCAUGCCCACAACUUGCAAAUAACAGCUUUAAUAGUGUCAGUUCCACCAUAAAAAAAGAUAAUCGUGAAAAGAAGACCCAACUAUUUAAUAGUAAGUUGACAGCACUUUCUGUUGGUCGAACUGAGGCCGCCUACAGAAAGCAAUCGUGUACCACCCAUUCUCGAGUAACUCAAACUAUUCAAACUUGGCCGCGGAACUAUGAGUAUACUUUGUUCCAUUUAAUAUCGGAGAGUAACAAGCUUCGCAACGAGUGCAUGGCACUGCAGCCUCAAGAGCUUCUUAAUCAAUAUAUCGAUCGGACGGUAAAACUAAAAGAUGCUGGUUACCGAUUGGAUCAGGAGCAUAUUCAACUUUUGUGCUUACAAUUGCAAUACGAGCAGUAUCGUCGCGAAAUUCAUGCAGAACGAAAUCGUCGCUUAAUGGGUCGCAGUCGGGACAUUCAUAGUCUCGAACGUGAACAAGAUCGUCUCAAGGAAAGCUUAAAAACCUACGAGGAGGAAAAUCAACAUUUAGUACAUCAAUUCGAGAAAACAAGAAGACUCUCGUACGAGAAUGAACGAAAGCUAAAAGAAGAAUUGAAAAAUUUCAAAACUCGUUAUCAAGAAGAAGUGGAACAUAAAAAAUUACUUCAAACAACCAAUGAAAGUCUACAGACUCGACUGAAUGAAGAAAUUCAAAAACGCACCGAAUUAACUUGCGAAGUAGAUUCGUUGCGCGGUCAGCUAUUUGAUACACGUAAUGAGCUGCAACAUGCCCAAUUACAAGCCGAAGUGGGACAUCAAUGCAAAAAUGAAUUAAUUCGAUUGGAAACUGAAUUUUUGGUUAUGGGCGAGGUGCAAAUUAAAUUGCGUGAUCGUUUGGCCGAAGUGGAUAAUCUUCGGGCACGCGAUGAAGAAAUAAGCCACCUACAGGAAUCCUAUAAUGUUGAGAUUAAAGAUUUGAGACGUGCCUUGGAGGAAAAAACUUCACAAUUUGAAAGCGCAAAACACAGACUGUCCGAAUUGCAAACACAAAUUGUAAAUAACGAAAAGGUAGUCACCGAUCAGAAACGACUGCUUAAGACCGUUAAAGAUGAAUAUGAGGAGAAAUUUAAGGCAUUAAGCACGAAAUAUGAAGUUCAGAAAGCCGUCAUUUUGCAAAUGGAAGAAAAGCUCUUGUAUUUGUAUCGAAAUCAGACACCUGUUAGUCUGGCUGCAUGCUCUCCAGACACAGAUAAAACGGAUAUAGCAUCUUCAAUUGAAAGAAAUUCACCACUUUCAACCUCAUUGGCAUCAAGUGAUAGCCUACCGGCAAGUCUGCGAUCGGUAACAGAAAUAAGAAAUUUGCAGGCUUUUGUUGAACCUCCUAACACUGCCACUACAACAAUAACAACAUCAGGGAGUAGUGCUGCGGUAGCUAACAUUCCUUUUGGCUACUAUCAACAUUCUCAGCACUAUCAUCCAACUGGUAUGGAAGCUAAGGCUGUGAUAGCUGUAGACGGUUCCUCCGAAGCCACCACAGCUUCAUCCACAAGCGCAACGCACACCCUAGAUAUUCCGGUGUCUGCAGCCAGUAAAAGCCAUCAUUAUCUCCAACAACAACAACAACAUCAGCAACAACAACAAAAGCAGAAAACUAUUCCCCAAAACCCACGAACUACGCGCUCCUUUGAGUGAGAGUGUUUGUUUCAACCUAAAAAAAAUAAUAUGCCACAACCUCCCUUUACUUUAUUCUAUCUCCUCCUCCCCCUUCCCUCUUUAUAUCUUGCUCUCCAUUUCUAACUAUUAAACAAAAACAACAAGUAUCCACUUAUGCACACACACA